UAAAUGGAGCACACGGAAACACAGAGGAGACAUGUAAAUGGGUGACUUUUUAGUUUAACGAAAAAAUCAGAGAUGGCACAACGCAGACUUUCAGAAUGGGAUGGUUCAGGUACAUCAAAGUUAAAUAUCGUUCUUCUUGGAGGAAGAAACUCUGGAAAGAACUCUUUGGGAAACCUGAUCCUUGGCAAGGAGGAGUUUGUAACCAAAGAGAGGACUUCUUCUACCCGAAGGUUGGGAGUUGUGGCCAGACACUGGCUCACAGUGGUGGACACUCCAGGGUGGUGGUGCGACUCAAGUGCUCAGGAAACCACAAAUCUUGUGAAGAGGGAGAUCAUAACAAGCGUCUCAUUGUGCCCCCCAGGCCCUCAUGUAUUUCUGAUCACAGUGAAGGCAAGCUCAAUCUUCUCAGAGAGGCGGAGGAGAGCUGUUGAAGAGCAUGUGGCCCUGCUGGGUGAUGGGGUGUGGGAUCACAGCAUCGUCAUCUUCACCUUUGCUUACAAGUUUCAGCCCACACAAACAAAGGAGUGCAUAGAAAGAGGAGGGAAAGCCCUCCGCUGGCUCAUUGAGAAGUGUGGUCAGAGAUGCCAUGGUGUUGUCCUAAACGAAAAUACAGACAUAAGAGAGUUGCUGGUGAAGAUACGGAAACUCGUUUCGGAAAAUGGAAACAGAGUGUUUGAGAUGAAGGAAGACCUUUUAAGGCUGACAACAGAAGAGAGCAGAGGUGUGGCUGAGAAGGCUCAGCUGAGAUUUUUAAAAAUGAAACGACAAAGAUCUCUUAUGCGAGAGAAGUCUAGGCCCAUCACAACCAUCCGCCUUGUGCUGCUUGGAGCAAAAGGUUCAGGAAAAACUUCAGCACUGAACACAAUCCUUUGCAGAGAGAAUGGCAAGAUACCUGGCAGAACAACUCAGUGCUGUGUGGGAGAUGGUGUGGUGUUUGGAAGACAGGUGACCAUUGUUGACACACCAGGCUGGUGGAUGAACUACUUCUGUAUCGAGACCCCACUCUUCGAUCGGAGAGAAAUGGUGCUUAGCUUGUCUCUCUGUCCUCCGGGGCCUCAGGUCUUUCUGCUGGUGAUUCGUGCAGACCGGGCAUUCACUGAGACCUACAGGAGAGCAGUACAGGAGCACCUCGAGCUCAUCAGUGAGAGGAUUUGGAGUCGUGUAAUCCUGCUGUUCAGUUUCGGGGACUGGCUGGGAGGCGCCACGACUGAGAAGUUCAUUGAAAGCGAGGGGGAGCCUCUGCGGUGGCUCGUGGAAAAAUGUUCCAACAGGUAUCAAGUUUUCAAUAACAAAACUAAAGGAGAUGGAUUUCAAGUCAGAGAACUUAUUGGGAAGAUCGAAGAAACAAUUUCUGGCUGCAAUGGAAGCUGGCAUUAUGAAAUCGAGAAGAAAUGGCUGGAGAAUUUGAUGAGGAAGAUGAGAAAAGAGACGGAGGAAGCCAAUGAACGACUGAGAAGGAAAGAGAGACAGAGACUGGUGGCAAAGUCGGGUCUGGAGAAACUCAUCCCUCUGCAAGAACUUAGAAUUGCACUGGUUGGUGGCAGAAAAGGAGGCAAAAGCUCAUGUGGAAACACCAUCCUCAGCAGAGAUGGCUUUGCCACAAACACUCCAACUGUCUCCUGCACUGAAGAUCAAUGCAAAAUCAAUGGCAAGACAGUGUCAGUAUUAGACACUCCAGGAUCCUUCCCCAUCCCCUCAGAAUUCCUGAAGACUCCUUCAGUCAUCUUGGUGGUUGUCAAUGUGAGCUCCUCAUUCAGGGAUCUUCACCAAGAAGAAAUUGAGAAACAGAUGGAUGCAGAAGGAAAUCAGGUUUGGAGCAGAGCGAUGGUGGUGUUCAGUCAUGGUGACUGGUUAGGAGACACCAGCAUCGAACGACGCAUUGAGAGUGAAGGAGAAACUCUGCGGAGGCUUGUAGAGCACUGCGGGAACAGGUACCAUGUUAUGGACAAUAAGAACCAGGGGGAUGGAGCUCAGGUCAAGGAGCUCAUUGACCUAGUGGAGGAGAUGUUGGCCACUCAGAGGCUGGCCGAUCUUGAUAAAGGUGAUCUCAUGUGGAAGACAGUUUGUUCAGCAGAGGAUCGACAGACUGAUGCAAUGUUGCGAAAAAGGAAUCCCACGAAACGGACAAGCAGAAGACAGCGGCUGUCACUUGACGUGACUGAUUCUGCAUCCUUGACAUCAUAUCCAGAGGAAUCAGAUGCAACACAAGCAGUGGCUUUACCAGAAAGAAGAGUGAGAAGGCAAUCAGGAUAUAUGCGUUUGGACACUAACAGCUUGGUGUUUGUGUCUGUGCUGAAACAAGGACGGAGCUGGUCAACAAUAGAUCUGCCUUUAAGGUUCCCUUCUCCAUGUAGCCACAUGACUUCACCCAGACGUCAAACAAUGCUUCUGGUUUCAUGUCAGAGUCAGCCCAGCGUUUUCUCGGAGGAAGAUUUCAUUAGUGUCCAUUCUCUCUGCCAUCCUGCUCUCAGAGAACGUACUCUCCGCAGGAUUUCUGAGUCCGGAGGCCUGCAGGCUCUUAUCGAUCAGUGGGGCCACAGCAGCCUGGGUGAGCUAGAGGCCUUCAUUGACUCUUACUUUGAGAUGGUGUGGGAACAAACCAUGGGAUCAUUUCAGCCUUCUGAAUCCGACCCUCCGGCCACAGAGCAGGAGGCUGUCAUUAGGGGUGUUGGAGAAGAGGAUCUGCUCUUAUCCAUUGACAGGAAGCUUACAAGGCUGGAGCUCCUGGAGGAGAUCCAGAAGGAUUUGGCUGAACUGAAAGGGAAUCUGGCGUGUAGCUGGGCGGCCAUACAAGACCUCAGAGACAAAAGUAAAAAGGACAUUGAUUAGGGCAUUUCUGAAAAAGUUGUAAAUGUAAUUUCAUGUAAAUAUAUUGAUUUCAUAGAGUAUGUACAUUUUGAAUAGAAAAAGUUAUAGAAGUUUGUUCAUAUGCCACAAGA